AUGACGCAGGUGAAGUAUCUGGGAGUUAUCGUUGAUCGCAACGGUAUUCAUGCAGAUCCGGAGAAGGUUAAAGCUAUCGCACAAAUGUCUCCGCCGAGAGAUGUUUCACAGUUACGUUCAUUCUUGGGUGCAGUGAAUUAUUAUGCAAAAUUCAUAAAAGAAAUGCACCAGCUUCGUAGACCUCUUGAUCAGCUGUUAAAGAAGGAUAUAAAGUGGAGUUGGAGUGAAGAAUGUCAAAAUUCUUUCGAUCGGUUCAAAGAAUUGUUGAAUUCAAAUUUGAUGUUAACACACUAUAAUCCAUCGCUCGAGAUAGUCGUGGCUGCUGAUGCCUCCAGCACUGGCAUUGGGGCCAACAUCAGGCAUAGAUUUCCGGACGGCUUUGAGAAGGUGAUCCAGCACGCUUCAAGAUCGUUGACACCGACAGAACGAGGUUAUGGACAAAUCGAUAAAGAAGCAUUGGCACUUGUUUACGCCAUUACAAAGUUGCAUCGUAUGCUUUUGGGACGACGUUUUGUUCUGGAGACUGAUCACAAACCUCUUCUACGUAUUUUCGGAUCGCACAAAGGAAUACCGGUUCACACAUCAAAUCGAUUGCAGCGACUGGGUCUAACGUUACUAUGCUACGAUUUCAGUGUAGAAUAUGUACCUACUAUGAAAUUCGGGUAUGUAGAUGUACUUUCCAGGCUUAUAAGUUCAGCAGUAAAUACGGAAGAAGAAUAUAUUAUCGCUAGUGUUCGUCUGGAGGAAGACAUGGCGGCAGUCCUGGAGGAUUCAAUAGCUUCUACUCCUGUGACGGCUGUAAUGAUCGCCACAGCCACACUACGGGAUAAAGUGCUAAAACAAGUGAAGAAGUUUUUGGAAACCGAAUGGCCGGAAUCGUUAGGGGUAAUCAGUGAUCCUGAUGUAAAGACAUUCUUCAAUCGUAAAGACGGGCUGGGACUAGCUCAAGGCUGUAUUCUGUUCGGAGAGCGAGUAGUAGUUCCAAAGAUCUACCAAAAACGAAUCUUGCAGCGGUUACAUUACGGGCAUCCCGGCAUAGUCAGAAUGAAGAGCCUCGCUCGGAGUUUUGUCUAUUGGCCUUGUAUCGACCGGCACAUCGAAGAAGCAGUAAAGCAAUGCACGGACUGUGCCGCUGCAGCAAAAUCACCACCACAUGUUGCACCUGUGGCAUGGCCUGUUCCACCGGGACCUUGGCAACGCGUUCACAUCGAUUAUGCGGGGCCAAUUGAUGAUUUAUAUUUCUUUGUCAUCGUUGAUGCAUUUUCUCGAUGGCCGGAGAUAUAUUCAUCGUCUACGAUGACGGCGAAGGUAACGAUCCAAAAUCUACGAAAUUCUUUUUCACGGCUUGGAUUGCCGAUGGUAAUAGUGUCGGACAAUGCAGCUCAAUUUGUCUGUGAUGAGUUUGAAUCAUUUUUCAAAAACAAUGGUAUCAAACAUAUGUUGACUGCUCCUUACCAUCCGCAAUCUAAUGGACAGGCGGAACGUUUUGUAGAUUCAAUGAAAAGAGCUAUGAAGAAAAUAAACAAGGGAGAACCCCUCCAGGAGACACUCGAGGUUUUUCUAGCAACUUAUCGUUCAACGCCAAGUGAAACCACUGGACAAAAAUCUCCAAGUGAACUCAUGUUUGGUCGACGAAUGAGGACUACACUUGACCUACUGCGUCCUAUGCAAGCACUAGAUAUUAGGCAGUCUGGAGAGAGAUGCCUGAUGCGUCGGUUCAUACCUGGUGACUUGGUAUAUGCAAAGGUGUACAAACGAAAUACCUGGUCCUGGGAACCCGGGAAAGUCGUUGAGAAGCUGGGAGUAGUGAACUAUAAUGUGUGGAUAGUUGGGCAAAGGCCAAAGUUAAUUCGUUCGCACAUCAACCAACUUCGUACCCGUUUUGAAAUGAAAGAUGAUUUGCACCGUGAGCGAACACAGAGUGAUCAUCAUUUUCCAUUGAGCAUUCUGCUAGACGAGUUUGGCAUCAGUCAACCAGGAGUAAUCGUUUCAGAGGAAUCUGUUUCACCUAUACUGACAGAAAGCAAUGAUAAAUCUGAACAUCCGACGACUCCAAAUACGAGUGGUUCAAUAGUUAAAAAACCGAGUCGUAUUCCAACACCUGUUUCAUCCUGUACAACUAGGGGACGAUCAGUGCGUCUUCCGCCGAGGUUCGAGCACUACGUGAUGACUUAA